AUGCCAAUCUGUAAAUACGGGCUAAAGGCUGUAUUCAGCAGUCGUCCUAGUUUUCUCAUGAGCAAGGGGACACCCAAUAAGGCCACACAUCAGCACCCAGCUGUGCAGCUACUGGGUGCUGAGGGUGGAGGGUCCCUGGCACCACCCGAGUUGCUGCCCGUAUCCAUCCAGAGACGCUGGAUGCUUUGUCAACUGCAAAUCGGCAAUCGACGAUCAUUUCUCCUUAUCAGCUUCGCUUCAGUCUUCAUGUUCAGGGAGGGUCGUGGAGUCUCCCUCUGUGGGGAUAUUAAAAAUCCACCUGGACUCGUUCCUGUAUCACCUGCUCCAGAAGGUGAGGUUACAGUGCAAACUGGAGAUCUGUUGCCAUGUAAGAUUUGUGGAAGAACUUUCUUUCCUGCAGCACUGAAAAAGCAUGGACCCAUUUGCCAAAAAACUUCUACCAAGAAAAGGAAGACAUUUGAUUCCAGCCGACAGAGAGCAGAAGGAACUGACAUUCCCACAGUAAAACCUCUUAAGCCACGGCCAGAACCACCCAAAAAACCUUCUAACUGGAGACGAAAGCAUGAGGAAUUCAUAGCAACUAUACGAGCAGCCAAAGGACUUAAUCUUAAAGACGGUGGAAAACUCCCUCCACCACCUCCACCAUCAUAUGACCCUGAUUACAUUCAGUGUCCAUACUGUCAGAGGAGAUUUAAUGAAAAUGCAGCUGACAGGCACAUCAAUUUCUGUAAGGAGCAAGCUGCACGUAUUACGAAUAAGGGGAAAUUGGCAGCUGAUACCAAAGGCAAGGUUCCUACUCGAACACAGUACAAACCUGCUCCAGUUAAGAAGAUGCCUUCUGUAGGAUCAACACCAUCACCAUCAUCACGCUUACCGCAGCCAAGUGGUGUUAGCAAAACUGUUGUAGGUGUCUCUUCAAGUAAAACACUGUCUUCAUCUGGAUCCAGUGGAAGCAAAAUUCAGACGUUAUCACCAGCUCAUAAAAACUCACUGGGAACGAUGAACCCACAGGCAGGAGGUGCAGCAAAAACCCGGACGUCAACCCCUCCUAGUGUGGCAAGAGCCAUGAGCACGGGUGCUUUGACAAACAGAAGAAAAACUAGCAAUUCAGACAUUCACUCAAGGUCUGAUGGGAAAACUGGGUAUGACAAUGGAGACUGCCCAUCCUCAGUGAAUGGAGGAAGUGCGAAAAGCAGCGAAGGAAUUUCACCUGUACAGUUAUCCAAGUUCUGCCAUGAAUGUGGAACAAAGUAUCCAGUGGAAUGGGCAAAGUUCUGCUGUGAGUGUGGAAUUCGAAGAAUGGUUGUGUGAACACUUUCUUUAAAGCAGAAGGAAUACAAGAAAUUGGAACAUCUGCUAUGUACUGUUGCAUGGAAAGCUUGAGUACUCCUUCCAGUUAGACUUCAUGCUGCAAAAGUCAAAACAUCACUUUAUAAUUUUCUAAGUGCAAUCUUCUGGUUACACAGUUAUUUAUAAACAAUGAUAUAUACUGUAUAUAAAAAUAGCAGCUACCUAAAACUGUGCCAUUCAAGGAAAUACUCUUUACUCUUUGUUGAAAAUAUUUAAAAGUAAGGUAAAAACGCUUUAAGUAACCUAGGUAGCAGAAGAGGUUCAAUGCUAUUUUUCUUUGUAAAUCCAACUAGGCAAAGGAUUUUUUAAAUCUCUUAUGUAGGGUAAUGCUUACCUAUAGGGAACUAGCCAUGAACAACUUGGGCUUCAAAAGUUUCUCUGUGGAGGCAUUUCUUUCAUGUAUGACAGUAACUUAGAUGCUGUGUUCUAAAUGAAAACAACAUGAACUCCUUAUGAAUUCCUAGAUAAACGUGUAAAAAGUUCAGAUCUUUAAAUUCUUUAACAGUAAUAUGCUAAUUGGAUUUUCCAGUUGCUUCCUUAAAGAAUCAAAGUGGAAAACUACCUGAGAAUUCUCUUUGCAUCUAAGAAGAAAGGCAAGAUUUUCUUUUUGUUGCUUUCCAUGUUCUGUUUUUCAGUAAAAAAGUGUUAAUAUUUUUAUGUAUUUAUAAGGAAAAUAUGCUAUUAAUUUUAUUAUUAUUCAUUUUAUUAAGUUCCUUUUGUUUCAAAAUACUUGUCUUCCUCCUCCUGUGUUCCACCAUGACUAGCAUAUCUAAAGGUGUUGUGCUUUGUCCUGUUUCCAAAGGUCCUGCUCAUUUUUUCUUUUCCCUCAUUUCCUCAAGCAAAGUCUAUACUUAUCCUACCUAAAUGUUGAACUCAUAUUUUGAAAAUAGCCUUCUUGAUGUAUCCAAUACCAAAAAAAAAA